UUCGGGACAAAAGAAGAAAGACUAUAUAAACAUAGAUGUUUCGAUUCAUGACGAGUUCACCAACCCUGCGAAUUUGGACACAGCAGGAUCUGUCGAUCGCCUUCUUCUAGGAUUAAUAAAUCAACCAUGCCAAAGACGGGACGAGUUCAUAACCGAAGAGAUGACUAAUCAUCUUUUUCAAACGCCUGGUUUUCCAUUCGGCAUGGAUCUUGCUUCUCUCAAUAUUCAGCGGGGUAGAGAUCACGGUUUACCGCCUUACGUCCGAUGGCGUAAGUCUUGCAGCUUAAGUCCAAUAAGAACCUUUGAGGAUCUUAAUAAAGUGAUGUCGCUGGACGUCAUAAGAAAAUUAAAAUCAUUAUACUCAUCAGUGGAGGAUAUUGACCUCUUCUCGGCCGGUCUAGCAGAAAAAUCGGUAGUUGGCGGUCUAGUUGGCCCGACUUUCGCUUGUAUAAUCGCUCAACAAUUCAGUAAUCUGCGACGUGGCGAUCGAUUCUGGUAUGAAAAUCCCAACAGUGAAAGCAGUUUUACUGCUGAUCAGUUGCAACAGAUCAGACAAGUCACUUUGGCUCAAGUACUGUGCCAAACGAUGGAUGGCAUUGAAACCAUACAACCAUUUGUUUUCCUCGCGACAGAUGUAUUGAAGAAUCAACGUCUCUCUUGCAAUGAUUUAGCUAUUGGACAUCUGAGCCUUGAAUUCUGGAUCGAACAACCAUUUGAAUUCAAAAGCAACAUCGACAACUCGCAAAAAGUUAAACGAGCGGUGACCGAUGCAAGUUUCUCUAUUUCUAGGUUAAAAGAGGAAAACAUCCAUCCUAGAAGAAAAGUUCAUCCCGAAAGUAAUCUCAAACAUACAAAAGUUACAACUCUAAAACCUUUCCAGAACAGCGUUAAUCAAGAAAAUAAAAUCCUUGUGAAAAGACCACUUGUGCGUCCAAAUAACAACAACGUCACUAUCGUGAUCCAAAAUAAUGCCAUAAACGCGCCUGUUUUCAUAAACGAGGGUAUCUACGGUUCACAUAUUAAAAUCCAGGAACAGCUUCCUAUUAGCUCAACUUUUCGACCGCAGGGAAAACCUAUACCGACGACUAUUCCUCAUUCAUCAAAUUUUUAUUUAGCACGUCAACCGUAUGUUCCCUACACUUUUAACGAUCCCCAUAAUCCGAAUCCAUUAGCUUAUGGAUACAGAUUUCCUCCUUUCACACAGGAUGACGUCUUUUACGAUAACUACUCUGCCACUAGUCCCAGACCUACUCUUUACACUUAUUAUACAAAUUUCCAGCAGACUACUACGCAAAUACCAGAGAUUGACGAUUAUUUGAUUAAUUAUGGACUUUUAUACCACAAAUUGAUUCCAGCAUAUUCUUACAAAAAACCUAAACUUCUAGAAAAUUUCGGACAUCAUAAAUUAAAAGAUGAACAAAAUCCAGCCCAAAAAUUGAAUUACGCUGAUCCUAAACUUUUAACAAAUAUGGAGUUGAUCAGAUCUAAUUAUGCAUCAAGUGAUAAAUCUUAUACACAUAAACCAAAUUAUGAUGAAUAUAAAUAUCCAACAAUUACACGAACAAAUUUCCGACCGAAUUAUGCAACGAAUGAUGAAUUUUAUCAUACAUAUAAACCAAGUUAUAAUAAACAGAAACCUUCAACUAUACGAUCAAAUUUUCGAUCAAAUUAUGAAAUAAAUAACGAAUCUCAUCAUACUCACAGACAAAAUUACUGUGGAUAUAAACCUUCAACAAUCACGCAGCCAAAUUAUGUAUUAAAUAAUGAAUCUUAUCAUACAAACAAACCAAAUAAUGACGAACAUAGGUUUUUAACAAACAACUCGCGACCAAAUGAAGAUUUGCAUCAUGUACAAAAUCUAAUUUAUAAUGAAUUUACGUCCUUAAUGAACUUCCGAUCAGAUAAACCAAAUCAAGAAUCAUAUGGUAAACAAAAACUGAACGGUGUCAGAAAUCUAUAUUUACAAAAUAGUGAUUUAAUUAACGGAUUGAAUGAAGGUCAUUCCAUUAAUCUCAAUAAACCACAAUAUCAGGAACAAUGGAAUUCGAACGAUCAGAAGAAACCUAGCAAGACACUAUAUAAUUACGAUGAUCUUAAUCUGUAUAAAAAAAAGCCGGAUGUUGAAUCACCAAGUUAUAGCAUUGAUAAGUCCCAUCAAACAUUGUUUACUACUAAGCCAAGUAACAAAUAUAAUUCUCAAUUUUGGAAAAAAGAUUUGCUGCAAUCUAUCAAAGAUUCUGUACAAAAUAGACUUUAUGGAUCUUUAUCUGUUCCGAGUUCUGAAACAAAUAUUCUUUCUUAUCAAAAAGAUAUAUUUACAGAUUCCAAUAUUUUGUUUUCUAUAAAUAACAACUACAAUCGGUACUCUGAUACUACUCAGAUUGAUAAAAAAAUACUGUCAUCUACUCAAAGCGAUUGGACAGACGUUUUAUCUCAUAUAAAACAAGGCAAUACUCAAUCUUCUUUUAACAAAGAUACAUAUCCAUACAGUUCAUUUUUAUUCAAUCAGACACCAACAAGUUAUUCGACCUAUCAGAAAGAUGACCAAUCAAAAGCAUCUUUAAAAGUGUCAGGCAACAAAUCCUUUGUUGAUAUAGACUUACAUGAACAUAAUUCUCAUAAAAAUCUUUCAAAAUCACAUAGUUUAAAUGAACAAUUAUUAUUCAGCACUUCGUCAGAAAUUUCAAUAAUUGAUAUUCAAGUACAUAAACAAGAAAAAAAUUUGAAUCCUAAACGAACAAAAGUGCAAAACGUCACAAUCGUCAGUGAAACGAUCGAAGCAGUCCAUCAUCCUGAUCAUAUCGGAUAUGUAUCUCAGCCUAAAGCUAUUAGUGAAAUUUCAAGACCAUUAGUACAACAGAUAAAGAGCAAUGUACCCGUUAUUAAGAAAGCUGGACAAUAUUACUAUGAAAAAAAUAUCUUACGUCAAUAUCCAGAUGAAAUAGUUAGCCAAAGUCCCAAAAGUAAUCCUCACUUGGCAGACAAAUCUGACGGAACAUUCAUUCAGGACCGAAAAAUGACAUCUGAGAAGAUUGUAGUAGAAACAUCAGUUAUUGAUAAUCCCAUAACGAACUCUGAAGUGAUUCAAAAUGAAAAUAAAUUGAUACCUACGCUUCUGAUUAUUACUCAUAGUAAUCACACAGGUGACGUAAAAGAUGUCCAAAGUGCUUCCUCGAUAGAUAUCGAAAGUGUUGCACCGGCUGACGUUCCCGACAGAAUAAAUCAUUGAAUGAAUUUGCAAGAGGACAUAAAUUUACCAUUUAUGAAAAUGAUUGCAGUUUCAUCCGAUAUAUUCGCUUUAUUCUUAUUUAAUAAAAUUGAACAUAUUAUUACAUCCGAGCUCCGGAUAACCAAGGAACUAGAGAGGGAUGAACAGAUACUAGCUUUGGAGGUCCUGCCACAUUUACACUCCGGAUUUCCAAAGGGUUAGAGCGGAAGAUCGUGACUGGAAUUUCUUUCGCGGUCAACGCCCUGCGGAGCAGAUCACGAGUCGAACGCACAUAUGUUAAAAGCCCAAAACUGGAUCAGUGCGCCAUGUCGUGCGCUAUAACGCCAAUUAAUGUUCGAUGGUCCUUGUCUUUCGGUCAUGGCACGAAAUUAUCUUAAUCUAUGUGAAUCCAGUGUAAUCUCAGGGGAACAGAGGAUAAACACGACAGAAUUAAUUGAAUAAUCAAGGCUUUAUUUCUAUGAUAUAAUUAUUAAAUUUAUUUAUUAGGAA